AAUUUAAUCAGACACAAGGACCCUAAAGAGGAGGCAACAGGAGAUAAGCAGUGUGUCAGUCUAGUGCUGAUUCAGGGUGCUGGGGUAUUCUGUCCAUGAGUCCUUGAAAACGGUCCAAGUCAGACUCCGGUCCGCUGAGAUCCACUCCUUUUUACACUCCGUCCCUUCUCUGAAUACAGUGCUGUGAUUGGAUGCUGGCUGCUCGUCAGGAAGAAAGAGCUGCUGUGUUGAGGCCGAAAACUCAGACACCACCACCACCAGGUCCUGGGUGAUACUAGAUUACUCAAGGGUAACGGAAUACAAAGUCUACCGGACCGUCGGAUGGCAUUUUUAAGUAGCUGAGCUUUAUCGGAGCACCGACGGAGCCUGCGUGCUUUAGCCGGCGCAGCUGUCUCUCUCCAUCCGACUGUGCGUCGCUGACUGCUGGUCACAGAAAUCCAGACCCGCCGUCGUUUUAAUGAGACUGAAGAGGCUGUAUGGCGACGCAGCUACAAACCUGUCACAUAUUUAAAUAUUAACCCAGCCCGGAGGAUAUAUAACGGAUCAGCUGUUGUCUCCGGUAGCCGGCGCUGACAGCUGAGACUGCCGGGCAGGAUUUAUCUGGAUAAAGCUCCAACUACAUGGGACAAGUAAGCGGCGGGCAACCGUUUGCGUUAGAGGAAUUGUUGACACCGACCUAGAGACACCAGUUUCCCUUUGAAAUAGCCCCCAGGAUCCAUUGCCGUGGGAUUAUUUGAAAAAGCCUUCUUCGUAGCAGCAGUUUGAAGCCUCUGCAUCAGUGCCAUGAAUCAGCCUGGACAACAGCUGCUACCCACAUAGAGGUCACUCCACCUCUCUUUCCAUCACAUUGGUCCAGAGGAUGCUGGGAAUGUGUCGUGGGCGCAGGAAAUUCCUGGCGGCAUCCCUCGCCCUGCUCUUUAUCCCAGCACUCACCUGGCUGUACUUGUCAGUUGGGAGCUUUCAAGUGAAGCCCCUCCCCCUGUCUCCAUUGGAAGCCCAGUCAUUAACACCAGUGGGCGGAGCCGGCGAUCGGCAGGCCUUGGAGCUGAGGGUCCGGGCGGUGGAGGAGGAGAACCGGGCACUGCGCCGAGAGCUCAGCCGGCCACCCAGGAGCCCGCCUGCGCGCCUUCCAAGCGGCGGUCACCGUGGCAACCAAAGCCGAACCCAUUCAGAGGAAGGCACUGGCGACAAUGAGGGCCAGAAAGCUGGUGCAGUGGGAAACAGCUCAGACUGUGUGCAGCAGCCAGUGGUGGAUAAGUGCGAGACAAUCCAUGUGGCCAUCGUGUGUGCAGGUUACAACGCAAGUCGAGACGUAGUGACGCUGGUCAAGUCUGUGCUCUUCCACAGGCGGAACCCUCUUCAUUUCCAUUUCAUCACAGACUCCAUUGCUCAGCAGAUCCUGUCCUCUCUUUUCCAUACCUGGAUGGUCCCUGCCGUCAGGGUGGACUUCUAUGAUGCAGAUGAGCUAAAGUCUGAAGUGUCAUGGAUCCCCAACAAACAUUACUCUGGGAUCUACGGGCUGAUGAAGCUGGUACUCACCAAAACACUGCCAUCAGAUCUGCAGAGGGUCAUCGUUUUGGACACAGACAUCACCUUUGCCACUGACAUUGCUGAACUCUGGGCCGUCUUCCACAAGUUCAAAGGUCAGCAGGUUCUGGGUCUGGUGGAGAACCAAAGUGACUGGUACCUGGGAAACCUGUGGAAGAACCAUCGACCUUGGCCAGCUCUGGGCCGAGGCUUCAACACUGGGGUUAUUCUGCUUCUCCUGGACCGGCUACGGAAGCUCAGAUGGGAGCAGAUGUGGAGGUUGACUGCAGAAAGGGAACUAAUGAGCAUGCUGUCCACCUCCCUUGCAGACCAGGAUAUCUUCAAUGCUGUGAUCAAACAGAACCCGUUCCUGGUUCACCAGCUGCCAUGCUUCUGGAAUGUCCAGCUAUCUGACCACACCCGCUCAGAGAAGUGCUACAAAGAUGUGUCAGAUCUCAAGGUUAUCCAUUGGAAUUCUCCCAAGAAGCUGCGAGUGAAGAAUAAGCAUGUAGAGUUUUUCCGGAACCUGUAUCUUACCUUUCUGGAGUAUGAUGGCAACCUGUUACGACGAGAGCUGUUCGGCUGUCCCAGUGAAGCCGACCACAACAGUGAGAACCUCCAGAAGACUCUGUCAGAGCUAGAUGAAGAUGAUCCGUGUUACGAGUUUCGUCGAGAGCGAUUCACCGUUCACCGAACACACCUCUAUUUCCUCCACUAUGAGUUUGAACCCAGCUCUGACAACACUGAUGUCACUCUAGUUGCCCAGCUUUCUAUGGACAGGCUUCAGAUGUUGGAAGCUAUCUGUAAGCACUGGGAAGGCCCCAUCAGCCUUGCCCUGUAUCUGUCAGACGCUGAAGCCCAGCAGUUCUUGCGCUAUGCUCAGGGAUCCGAGGUCCUGAUGAGUCGUGGAAAUGUAGGUUACCACAUCGUCUACAAAGAGGGGCAGUUCUAUCCAGUCAACCUGCUUCGUAAUGUGGCCAUGCGGCAGGUCAAUACACCCUACAUGUUCCUAUCAGAUAUUGACUUCCUACCCAUGUAUGGCCUCUACGAGUAUCUCAGGAGGUCAGUAGUACAGCUGGACCUGGCCAACACCAAGAAAGCGCUGGUGGUUCCAGCCUUUGAGACAUUACGAUAUCGCCUGUCCUACCCCAAAUCAAAAGCUGAGCUUUUGUCUCAGCUAGACAUGGGCACGCUCUUCACCUUUAGGUACCAUGUGUGGACUAAAGGCCAUGCACCAACUAACUUUGCCAAGUGGCGGACAGCCACCACGCCCUAUAGGGUGCAGUGGGAGGCCGACUUUGAGCCCUAUGUCAUGGUGAGGAGGGACAGUCCUGAGUACGACCGCCGUUUUGUGGGCUUUGGCUGGAACAAGGUGGCUCAUAUCAUGGAGCUGGAUGCACAGGAGUAUGAGUUUGUGGUUCUGCCCAAUGCCUACAUGAUCCACAUGCCUCAUGCACCAAGCUUCGAUAUCACCAAGUUCCGCUCCAAUAAGCAGUAUCGGGUCUGCCUCAAGACCCUGAAAGAGGAGUUUCAACAGAACAUGUCGCGGCGUUAUGGCUUUGCCGCCCUUAAAUACAUGACGGCUGAGAACAAUAGCUAGCCACCACUGCAGGCCCUCAUACCCCUGGACAUGAACUACUGAUAUGCUGACAAAGGGGGAGGCACAAGAAACGAACAGCCCUUGUGGGGCCAUUGGGAUACUUUGAGACUUGAAUCCCUCAGAUUUUGUUAGAACAUUUGACCAUCAGUGUGGGACUGAAAGGGACAUUUAUGUCCAUACUAUGUGGAUAAAAGGAGUUUCUUCUGCUGAGAUUUUGAAGCUCUGAAUGAAAAUGUGAGUGACUGCGGGGCCUUGACCCUGGUGGCGUGUUCCCUGAGCCCCGGCUGUGGAAUUUGACAGACAGCAGUGCUAGGAUAUGCCCUGCCAUAUUUGUAAGACCAGUGACAGAGUUGUGGAUUACAUGUAACAUUAUGUACUGUGUGUGUGUGUGUGUGUGUGUGUGUGUGUGUGUGUGUGUGUGUGUGUGUGUGUGUGUGAGAGUGUGAGUGUGUGUGCAGGUAAAUGAAAGGCGUGACUGUGUCCAGGCGCUUUGCAAAAUCGUUAAAGAGAGCCAGCGAUGGGAGGCAUUGUUGGCUGAUGGCGCGUUUGUGCGCUGCAAAGAGGAAAGCUUACCAAGUGCCACGAAGUGACAAAAAGCAGCCAUAGUUUUACUGACAGCACACCCAGACCAAAUGCAAAUUAUCAGCAGGCAGUGAAAUAAGACAAAGCGGUAAACAUGUCCACAUAGAUUCCGAAAAUCUCACUGUGACGAGUGACACACACUCCGAUACUGAGGCGAGCAGCCAGCCAGCCGACCAUCUGCUGGUGCUUAAUUUGUUUCAUAGCCGAUACAAAUCAGAAUAAAUCCUCCUCCUCGUAUGACAAGCGAAGUUAAGUGCAAGGAUGACUGGAGGUCGUCCGCUCAGUUGAUAUUCAGGUUAUCUACACAUCAGCUUGAGUGUUUCCACUGUUUUACACCUACAGAAUCUGACAGCAGCUAGUACAGUGUGCUUUUUGAUGUAUUUUAAAUUCGACACCAGUGCUGUCUGCACAAACACCUGCUGGAAAUCGCUUCACUUAGUGCAGAUGUCCCCGAUUGCACUGAGAAGCAACCGGCCAAAGCACCAAUCGCUGAGCUCACUGUCUUCUUUUUCUUUCCAACAGCCUGUAUUAUUUAUCAGUGUGUUCACACAUCAACGAGUUGCUGUUAGGAGACAGAUCCAGACACUUUUCAUUCUUUCCCUGGCCUCUAGUUUGACAGUGUUAGAGCAGCCAUCUUGUUAUCCAUCUCCUUACCAGUGGAACUGAAACAGUCAUAUCAUAUCUGGCAGCGCAUAUCAGCUAUCUACUGUAUUUAAGGGUCUCCUCACUUUGAGUUGUUUUUGCAUGGCCCUCAAACGUCAUGUGCUGCGUGAUUAAUGAUAAAACGUGGGUUUGAGUUUUGCACGCUUGUCUGGUGUCACCCAAGUUGAUAGAUUGUCUACAAAACAAACUCAGUCCAAACACUUCAUACAAUUUCAAGCUAUGUGCCACCUCAACCUGGCAGCUCACAGCAUAAUUCAUGGGGUGUGUCUGCAGCUGCUCUCAUGCCUGUUGAAUGCUGAAUGAAACUUGCUCUUGUCGGAAUAUCAUUUAAGCAGAGCUGGACUGCACAAUUUCCAUUUGUACCUGCCAAUCUUCAGGAUCACCUGCACAAAAAACGCACUCAUUUAAUUUUUACCAUGGAUCUAAUUACUAUCCAGAAGCUAACGUUUGCAUGACCACUAGCAAGACCAAUGUUCGAUCACCUUGAGUUUUCCCUCACUAAUCAGCCACACAGGUGAACUGAUCACAGAUCAGCUGGCUGAGCUAUUUCUGUGGUCACAUAUGUAGAAAGCCCUGAAGCUGUUUUCUUCCUUUCAAUUGAUAUAGUUGGAGGGAGAGAUGCUUCAUGUCAGUGCAACGUCAGCUGCUGUUAUCACAGGGAUCAGAUCCUACAGAGGCCACUUUAGUCCAAUUCCACAAAUUCAUCACUAAUAACAUCACAAAGAUUUGGUUGGACUGAAUCUUUAGUCCUCCAGGAGUGGUUUAAACAAUCAUGUCUCAUAUCGCCAUGUUGUGAACACUGUUUAGCUAAUGCUUUUAACAAUGAAUGACAAGCCAACUCCCUGUCAGGCAAACUGGGUCCCUAGUGACUCAGACGGCCCAUGUUCAAGAGCGGGGUAAAAUUAAAGAUGUCAGUCUAAAACUGCUGGCUUUCAGGCAGCACAUAGAGUUGUACUUGGGUUGGUUCAGGUGCGUGUGAGUGAACAGGCUGCAUGUGUGAUUAUUGUCGGAUGUUCCGUAUGCAGGUGUGUGUGUGUGUGCGUGUGUGUGCGUGUGUGUGGGGUGUGUGCGGACAUGUGAAGUUUGUGCUGAAUGUGUGUUGCUUAGCAAGGCGGUGGAAGGCUGUCGUGUGUAAGUAGGACAGUGCUGACUGAUGCUGCUACUUGAAUAAAGACAAAAAGUCAAAUGCUC